AUGAAUUCCCUCGCAGUCGACUUCUAUAGCCAGCGGACAGAGGUCGUGAACAAUCUCAACAGCUACCGAGACCUUAAAUUCCUCAAGAAGAAAACUCAUGCAUACGAGAUGAUCGUCCAAGGUAUCAGAAGUGACAUGCGAACCCUCGAAAACAUGCUCGAAAUCCCUGGUGACCGAACCAACCUCGGCACCCAGACCUCUUUGUGCUUCAGGGAGCGUGUCAACCGUGUAAAUGUUUACCUAGAUGACCUCGUUCUCGCCCUUGAAUGCCACUUGGCUCGUGAUGUACUGCGAGACUUUCUUCUUAUUGUCGUUACAACUGUUGGCAUGUUCAGACUUACAGGGAUCGACGAUUACUAUGCUGAUGAGAUGGCCUUGAGGGCCAGGGAGCUUCACAAGAAGUACCGGCCAACGGUCAAUCAUUCAAUUGAGUCCUACGAUCUAUCGAAACCCAACAGCAAAACCACGACCAUCCUCAUAAUGGAUCAUAUAACCGACGGUUUGCGAAAUACUUCCUUGUCGAACUCCGACUUUGACAAUCACCCCGACUCAGAGCAGCUGCUCUUUAAUCCUCAAGAGGGUAGCGGCUUCGCAACAACGGCGCUAGAUGAUAUCCCUCGUUAUCUCUUUCGCAUCGCCUCCCCGAAAUCCGAUGGCGAAACAAACGACACAUGGGUUCGCUCCGAGUCAGCCAAACAAAAGGAGACUUCAUCUGCGGAGGAUAUCUUCUUUAAUUUGAAUAAUAACAAGCAAACAAACGUCGCUCGAGCACUGAACCAGCAUUUACGAUGGUGGGGAAAAGAUACCCCAGACAACUUUGUGUCGUGGACCAGCUCUUUGCUCUUUGCAAUCCAGUACAUCUACUACCGACAUUUGAGUCUCGGAGAUAGAUCACAUCUCAGAGAUAUCAAGCUUUUUGUCAUCGACACAGCACUCUUUCCUCAGGGCACAUUCAUGCGCGACUUGGAAUUGAUCGAAAAUUUCUCGGAAUAUGACACCCACGAACCCUGCGACAACCUGGAAUACCUUGGAAGAAUGCGAAAAUGCGAGUAUUAUUACGGAGAGUAUCUUUCACAAGGCCAACUUAAAAUUAAGGGCAAAUGCGAAAUAAUAUCCGCCCAAUGUCUUUUUGAAAGUGGUCGACUACGCCGUCUACAGCCUGAUUUUCGCGAGAUUUAUAGACUUCCAGUAAAAAAUGGAAAGCCGGACUGGGCUAAGGAAGUCAAUCGCCUUCGCCAAAAGGUUUGGCCACUCGAAUAUACACCGUUAGAUGAUCACGAGAUGGCAGAGAGAUCAAAGGCCAUUGAAGAGAUUCUACAGGAGCUUACGCCGAGCUGGAGAUUCCCUCUUGCUAUCUACUUUACAGCCUUGAUCGGCCCCGACUCCUUAUAUCGUCUGGAGCUGGAUCAAAGCGAAAAGAUAAAUUAUACAUUCCUGAGGCAUUUCGAAGCCAUUUUCCCUAAGGAAGAACAACAUGCAUUCAACCCUUUAAACUUCAAUGUUGUCGCACCGGAGACAAUGCCUGAGCUGCAGCAAGUCGAGGUACUUAUUCAUGAUAUACACUCGUACUACGAGCGCAUAUGA